CGAGCCGACGACGCACCGUUCGGGUCGUGCUCCUCGUCGCGGCUCCUGUUCUCUUCUCGCGGCUAUUUCGUUUGGGUUGAAUGAACGAGGGUACCAAGUGCAGAGUGCCGAUCGGCGACGCCUGCGUGUCUAUGCGCGUGUGCUUUGACUCCCUGUGCUUCUCGUCGACGCAGCAGCGGCUGGCCGACGAGGAGGACGCUCCCCAGCUGCCGACGCACGGCCCCGUGGCCGUGGUCGCCGCAGCCGGUCCAAGAGCCAUCUCAAACGUCACCGGAGCAACCACGAUUACAGCGAUGGGCACACUUCGGGAACUGCAGGAGCUACUGCGUGUCAAGGACGAGAAGAUAGCCGAGCUCGAGACGCUUCUCUGUCGUCGCGAUGCCGAGAUACAAGAAUUACGGAGCCACCUUGACAAGUUCCUCAGUGUUCUCCCCUUCAAGUCACCCCUGACGCCGACGAAACCGAGACCUAGGAAGCAAAGGGCACAGGGGAUUUCUGCGGAACCACCACUCCAGGAGCUCGCAACGCUGACGGUGGUCGACAAGAGCGACAGGUCUCGCGAACUGAUCAAAGUUGCCAUUUUGGACAAUGACUUCAUGAAAAACCUGGAGCUGACGCAGAUCCGAGAAAUCGUGGAUUGCAUGUAUCCUGUUACCUUCUCGGCUGGUUCAACCAUCAUCCGCGAAGGAGAUGUCGGUUCCAUUGUGUAUGUCAUGGAGGAGGGUAAAGUGGAGGUGUCACGUGAUGGGAAAUAUUUGAGCACACUGGCUCCAGGGAAGGUGCUGGGUGAGCUGGCAAUUCUUUACAAUUGCAAGAGAACAGCAACGAUAACAGCAGCUACCGAUUGCCAGCUAUGGGCCAUCGACCGACAAUGCUUCCAAACCAUUAUGAUGAGAACUGGCCUCUCGAGGCAGGCAGAGUAUACGGACUUCUUGAAGAGCGUUCCUAUCUUCAAGAAUUUGCCCGAGGAGACUUUAAUAAAAAUCUCAGACGUGCUGGAAGAGACUUUUUACAACAAUGGGGAUUACAUAAUCAGACAAGGAGCAAGGGGAGACACAUUUUUCAUAAUAAGCAGAGGGCAAGUGCGCGUGACGAUAAAACAGCCUGACACUCCGGAAGAGAAGUAUAUCAGGACGUUAGGGAAGGGCGAUUUCUUCGGUGAAAAAGCACUCCAAGGGGACGAUCUCAGGACGGCUAACAUAAUCGCUGACGAUCCGGAAGGAGUGAGUUGCUUGGUGAUAGACCGUGAAACGUUCAAUCAGCUAAUCUCGUCCCUGGACGAAAUUCGUACACGGUACAAAGACGAGCUCGUGGAACGUAGGAGGUUGAACGAGGAAUUCAGAGACCUGAGGCUGCAAGAUCUUCGACCAUUAGCCACUCUAGGUGUGGGCGGUUUCGGAAGAGUCGAAUUAGUUCAAAUAGCCGGCGACGGCACGAGAUCCUUCGCUCUGAAGCAAAUGAAGAAAGCCCAGAUUGUCGAGACGCGGCAGCAACAACAUAUCAUGUCAGAGAAGAGAAUUAUGGGCGAAGCAGAUUGCGAUUUCGUUGUGAAGCUAUUCAAAACGUUCAAAGAUAGGAAAUACCUUUAUAUGUUAAUGGAGGCUUGCCUCGGUGGCGAGCUCUGGACCGUGCUCAGAGACAAAGGGCACUUCGACGACAGCACCACGCGAUUUUACACCGCCUGCGUUGUAGAAGCGUUCGAUUAUCUUCAUUCUAGGAAUAUCAUAUAUAGAGAUCUCAAGCCAGAGAAUCUGUUACUCGAUAGCCAAGGGUACGUAAAACUCGUCGAUUUUGGUUUUGCCAAACGUCUGGAUCACGGAAGAAAAACGUGGACCUUCUGCGGGACACCUGAAUACGUUGCACCAGAAGUUAUUUUGAAUAAAGGACACGAUAUCAGUGCUGAUUAUUGGUCUCUCGGUGUGCUUAUGUUCGAACUUCUUACGGGCACACCACCGUUCACUGGCGGCGAUCCAAUGAAAACUUAUAAUAUUAUUCUAAAGGGAAUAGACGCGAUAGAAUUUCCAAGGUCCAUCACACGGAAUGCGACAGCAUUGAUUAAAAAACUGUGCAGGGAUAAUCCAGCAGAGCGUCUUGGUUACCAGAAAGGUGGCAUUAGCGAAAUUCAGAAACACAAAUGGUUCGAUGGUUUUAACUGGGAGGGCUUAAGAGCAAGAACCCUUGAACCUCCAAUCUUGCCACGAGUUCAAAAUGCCACCGAUACAGCGAACUUCGACGAAUAUCCACCGGACUCUGAUCCACCACCACCCGACGAUAUAUCCGGUUGGGACAACGAUUUCUAAUAAUUCUAAACGCUCGUUCGAAGAAAUUGUUGAUACUGAGAAAGAAAAAAUGUUGAAAAGAUUCGAUUCAUGUUUAAAGAAUCGUGAGAUAGUCGAAUGAUAAAUGAGAAACGUGGCCUAUCGGCGUCUGCAUUUAUCCAACAAUCUAAAAUCAUGUGAUGCAUAGAUAAUCAUCUACAAUAACAUCGAUCAUCGUAAAAUAUAACAGGAAGGAGAACGAAACUGGCCUGUGAUAAAGAGUUAGGGCCGCCAAAAAUUAGGUUUCCAAGAUCCUUCCAGUCUGUUGCAUUGCCUAUAAGUCCAAACGAUUUAUCAUUAUUAGCAACGAACGGAGGUAAUCUUUCUACCGUACUAUCUAGAAAGAGAGAGAGGAACAGGAAAUUUCAAUAUGUCGCUCAGACGACGUAUCAGCGUGACUAGAACACGCAUCUGAUUUAGAAAAAUGUUUACACGCACAAGCUCGCGUUCGAUAAAAUUAAGAAUCGAACUCGACAUCGUGAGACGCGUACGAGUGCGUCAAGUGCCAUACCUAACAAAGGUAAAAAAAGAAAAGUCGGAUACGACACGUGUGUACAGAGCGUCAAUGCGAACGUGCAUGAUAUGUAGUCAGCUCAAAUCG